AUGGCCGAUGUCAUGUCUCAGACUCCCCCAAUCCUUCACGGUCCAUCCGAGAAGGAGCGGAAGUAUGAUCGUCAACUCCGCCUAUGGGCUGCGUCUGGCCAGGCUGCUUUAGAGUCGGCAAACAUUCUACUUGUUAACUCUGGCGCUGGCACUGUCGGUGUCGAAACCCUGAAGAAUCUCGUGUUACCUGGUAUUGGUCAAUUCACCAUCGCUGAUAAGAGUGCCGUGGGUCAAGAAGAUUUGGGCGUCAAUUUCUUCAUCGAUGAUAGCUGGCUCGGCAAGUCAAGAGCUGAAGCUUGCACCAACUUUCUGUUGGAGUUGAACCCAGAGGUGCAAGGCGAAUGGUAUCCGAAAACCGAGGGGGACUCUUUUAAUCUCGAAGCAUUUCUCAGUGACUCACCUGCUUUUACCAUGAUCUUAUACGCUCUGCCUCUACCCCAGGAUCAGGUCCAGCUCAUACAGAACUAUUCCCAACAGCACAAUAUUCCUACAAUUGCAGUGCAUUCUGUGGGAUUCUACUCUUAUUUCAAGUCUACAUUGCCUGGAACAUUUCCCAUUGUCGACACUCACCCUGAUGAGACUGCCACCACCGACCUUAGACUCCUUGCACCCUGGCCUGAGCUUGUCGAGUUUUCAAGGGGCAUGACCGAGAAUAUCGACACUUUAGACAGCCACGAACAUGGACACCUGCCCCUGGUGGUUAUUCUGCUUCACUACCUUGAACAAUGGCAGCAGACACAUGAUGGCGCCAACCCUACCAGCUAUGCCGAUAAGACAUCGUUCCGCAAGACCGUGUCUGAAGCUAUGAGGACCGACAAUCCAGAGGGAGGCGAAGAGAACUUCGAGGAGGCUGUGGCUGCUGUCAUGAAGCAUGUCGUGACACCAUCACUGCCAAGCUCUCUCAAGCAGGUCUUUGACUAUAUACAUCCUGCAAGUACGCAACAGAUACAUUCUAGUUUCUGGAUCAUCGCAGAGGCAGUCAAACGCUUUUAUGCCAAGCACAGCAGGUUACCUGUGCCCGGAGGAUUGCCUGAUAUGAAGGCCCAGUCCAGCGUGUACAUAAAAUUACAGAACAUCUAUAAGGAAAGAGCCCGUCGGGAUGUUAGCCAAGUUCUUGAAACUGCCCGGAGCAUUCCUGGUGGCGAGGAUGUGGAUCCUGAGCAAGUCGAACUCUUUUGCAAGAAUGCUCGCUUCAUAAAGCUUAUCAACUCCCCCGAGGAGAGCACAGUCAAGCUUGAUCAGGUUGUCGAGCAGCAACUAGCCAACGAUGAGAUGGCGGCUGUUGCCGGCCCCGAGAUGCCUCUGUCUCUGAUCCCACUUUACCUAUCCCUAUUGGCGACAUCAAACUCGACAACAGCCACUGCAGACGAGAUCAUGGCUUUCAUCAGCAGCCAUGCACCCCAGGCUGCUGAUAACGAACGCUACAAGAAGACUGCACAGGAGUUGGAAAGAGCUGCCGGCGGCGAACUUCACAACAUAUCAGCUCUCACGGGUGGUAUGGUUGCGCAGGAGAUGAUCAAGAUCAUCACGAAGCAAUACGUUCCGAUCGACAACACAUGUAUCUUCGACGGUAUCGACAGCCGCUGUCAGGUUCUUCGCCUAUCAUUGCAACGAUCCGAACAAGCUGUUUGUUGA